UUUGUAUAGCUUCAUGUCAAAGAUUACAUGAAACUGUCGUAGAAAUGGCCACUGAUGAUACAUCUGGUACUCAGGAAGUACAGCAUUCCAAUAGUAACUUCAAGUUUGCAGCUUACUACGGAGACCAUAUGGUUCUGCAGCGGGCCCCUAAGCAGGCAGUGGUGUGGGGAUAUCAUCCCUUCACCUAUGUUUAUGUAGGAGUCACCAUAGGAAACAAUACUCAAUAUGGACUAGUCAAUACACAUGGGGUAUGGAGUGUGAUCCUUGACCCUGUUGAGGAUCCCGGGCCCUAUAAUAUCACAGCGCAUGGGCUGGCAGGGGAGAUUUCUCUGACGGAUGUCUUAUUUGGAGAUGUUUGGGUUUGUUCAGGACAGUCAAACAUGGAGUUUACUGUCAGAAUGGGAAACAAUGCAACUGAGGAGAUACAAGAUGCAAACAACUAUCCAAGUAUCCGAGUAUUCACAGUAAACCAGAGGGCUGGGUCAAGUACACCAUUGUCGGACUUCACCAUCAAAAACAGCAUCAAACAGUACUGGUCUGUUGCUUCUAACACUUCCAUUGGUGGAUCUGACAAAGACUGGGGCUAUUUCUCAGCAGUAUGCUGGCUGUAUGGUAAAUACCUGUACCAGAAGUUGGGCUACCCUAUAGGUCUGGUCAACACGUGCUGGGGAGGCACUGCAGUGGAAGCCUGGUCAUCUCCUGAGGCACUGUUGAAAUGUGGUCUGUUUAGAUCAACAAAAGAAACUGAAAAAACCAGGUUUACAGAUCCAGACAGAAGUUCAGAUUACCGUUAUUCCGAUAAACUGAACUUUUCUUGGCUACCAAAUUACUCUGGAUUGUGGAAUGCCAUGGUUCACCCAUUCCUCAACAUGACCAUAUAUGGAGUUAUUUGGUACCAAGGAGAAUCAAACGCUCCGAGUCCUCAUGACUACAACUGUACAUUUCCUUCAAUGAUCAGUGACUGGCGAGUCAAAUUCCAUGCUUCACAUGGACAGAACGACCCAGCCUUCCCUUUUGGAUUUGUCAUGCUUGGUGCAAAUGAGCCAGACAUGACAAAAUUUGAUGGUUUUCCUGAGAUACGUUGGCACCAGACAGCUGAUUUUGGCUAUGUUCCAAACAGCAAGAUGGCUAACACUUUUAUGGCAAAUGCUAUGGACUUGCCCGACUUUCUGAACAGAGUAGGAAGCAUCCACCCAGGUGAUAAACAAGAUGUAGCAAGACGAUUGGUCAAUGCCAGUCUGGCUGUCGCUUAUCACCACAAGGACAUCGUUUACCAGGCUCCACUACCUACAGGUUACAAGGUAGACACAGAGGCUCGGACACUGGAAAUUGUCUACAACAAUGGCUCAGAGGCCCUGCAACUUAAAAACAAUGUUGGCUUUGAGAUCUGUUGUUCCUAUGGUAAUAUAACAGAUUAUUAUGACCAGUCCUGGUGGGUACAGACCUCUGUUGACAGGAUUACUCGCAGCACUGUGGUCCUUAGUACAGCUCCGUGUCCAGCUCAGACCAUUACAGGAGUCAGAUAUGCAUGGAGGAUAUCGCCCUGUUCCUUCAAAGACUGCGCUUUGUACUCAUUGCUCAGUUCUCUUCCAGCUUCACCUUUCUUCUUCACCAGCAGGACAUUCAGUAGGGAUGGUAGUUAUGUCAUUGAUGGUUCUGUACCACACUCUCUCCCAGUGUAGUUCUUACUUAGGGUGGUAACAGAGUAACAGUCGAUUCAAAGAGACAGGCAAAAUUCUUAAUUUGGUUGUGACUUGCUGACUGCAAUGGCUCGUGGCAGUUGGGAAUAUCCUCACUGAAACGGAGGGACAGACAGCACUCUUUUCAGGGAUGCAAUGUGCCAAAUGCAAGUGGCAGAUUUGCAUGUUGGAAUUAGGUUAUACCAUUGUUCUAUAAAUUAAACAAAAAAUGACAACUCUGUUCAUACCCCCAGUAAAUGGAAGCAUGACCUGCAGAAUGCAUUGAAAAUACAUACAGUGUAAGUACAUUCCACUUACUUUAUAAUAUAUCAGUACUUAUCAUUCACACACAAAUUCUGAUUUUCUCUGGUUGCAAUGUUAAAUCACUGUGCAUUCCUGGUAAUAUUUACCCAUAAAUACAUUCUACUGUGGUUAUAGAAUU